AUGAAGCUACCGCCCCGCUCGCUCGUCAAGCGCCUGAUACGCAGCCACCUGCCCGCCUCGGCGCGCCUCAGCAAAAACGCCGACCUCUACAUCGCCCUCGCCUUCCUCCUCUACAUGCAGCGCCUCGCAAACGAGACCCGCCUCACCCACCAGAUCGACCUCUCCAACGGCAUCCGCGGUCCCCUCGCAAAACGCCACGUCGCAGGUGCAAGGAGGAGGUCAACACGCAACAAGCGGAAUACUGCAUGCCGAAUGGUGGCAGCAUGA